CCCGCUCCUCUCUCUCUCUCUAUCUCUCUCUCCUCUCUCCUCCCUCUCUCUUUCUCUCUCUAGCCUUCGUCUUCUCUUUCCCCUCUGCGGAUUAGGGUUCUCUGGUUUCUUCUGUGAUUCUUGGAUACCUCCAUUCGUGAAUGCUAGAUCAAGAUUUUCCGCUCUUUUCUUCUCUGUUCUUAUUUUAUCCCACUUUGGUGCUGAUGAUCGAGAUGGACUGUUAUGCUUAGAGCUUGAAUACAAAGGUUGGUUGUGAACAUGGGCAUUGUUCUUCAUCACUGCUGCUUCAAAUAUUGUUCCACUAUCAUCUCCUACAGAAAUUUGUGGUUAAUUUGAACUCUAUGAAAAUCUUCCAUCCUGGGUUGCUUUGCUUUUGUUCUCAUUAGAAGUGGGAAGGAAGCUAAUAAACGAUAAGAGGUCCUUAGUAUCCAUGCUGGCAGAGAGUAUGCUUGGAAUCUGUGCAUCGAGUAAUGCCCCUGACGAGAUUUGCUGCCGAUGCAUUCGGUGUGGUGACGAUCUGUUUAGUGGCCCUAUUGAUUCUUCUUGGUUUACUGUGCAUCAUUUACUCGUGCUACUUCCGGUCUCGUAUUCAUAGUGAAGGUUGCAUUCAACUCAGCUACUUCAGUGGUCCUUGGAUAAUUCGAAUUACGUUCAUUUUGUUUUUGAUCUGGUGGGGUGUUGGUGAAAUUAGUCGUCUAAGUUUCUUGAGACUAGAAGGGGGAUUGUUGCAUGACUUGAAAUGGCAGGAAACUGUCUGCAAAUGUUACAUUGUUUCGAACCUCGGGUUUGCAGAACCUUGCCUAUUCCUCACACUUUUGUUUCUGCUUCGAGGUCCCCUUCAAAAGAUGGAGUCCGGAAUUCUCAGCCGCAAAUGGAACAGGAAAACUGCAGGGUAUAUUUUUCUCUACUGCUUCCCAGUGUUUGUUCUUCAGAUUGUUGUUAUACUUAUUGGACCCCGACUAAACGACGAUAGCAGAUACGCUCAUAAACUGCCAAAAUAUUUUACUAGUGCAGCCACCAUUGUAACUGUAUCUAGUUCGAAAGGUGUUCGGGACAUCGCUCUCUGUACUUACCCUUUACUGAGUACUAUCCUCCUCGGCUUUUUUGCCACCAUCCUAACCAUCUACUUAUUUUGGCUUGGGAGGCAGAUUUUGAAACUGGUCAUCAACAAGAACUUGCAGAGGAGAGUAUACACAUUGAUAUUCUCGGUUUCAGGAUUCCUCCCGAUACGGGUUAUAUUACUCGGUUUUUCUGUUUCGCGGAAACCAGAGCAGUUUUUAUUUGAAGCUCUCACUUUCUCAGCUUUUCUUGUACUUUUAUGUUGUGCUGGACUGUGUAUAUGCAUGCUUGUCUACCUCCCGGUUGCGGAUUCUUUGGCUUUGGGCAAUUUACAGGAUUUGGAGUCAAGGCGAAGGUCUAUCGAUGAUCACAAUGACACUAUCUCUCUCAUUGCUAACCAGCCCCGUUUUGGUGAUACCUCCUCCCACAUGAGCCCGGCCAGAAACUCCGAUGCCUCCACCAAGCGGGGGUCGAUUUCUUUUAGAACAUUUGAAAAGGAUGCAGCUUCAGCUGGAAUGGGGACUGCUACUUUUGUGGAACUCAGCCUCUUCUCUCCCAGCCGAGAGGCUUCCCCGCCGGGGUCCCCUCCACUUCUCGGUUGGCCCAUGCGCCAUGCUUGAGAAACCGUCUUAUGGCUGCGGCCAUGGCAGUGGAGGUGGUGACGGUGGUGGUGGUGGUUGAAAGAUUGUGAUGAGAAACUGAGUAUUUGUCAAUUUUGCAAUGAAGAACAAAAACUGAUUGUAAAAAGGAAACGAAAGGGUUUAGCUUCUUCAAUAAGGAUUUUUAAUUUUUGGCUU